ACAACUGGCCUGUGUUCACCAUGUUGGAUGAUAUUCUAGAAUUAUGUGAGGAGCACAGGACGGAGAAACUGACCAUGUUCUGUGAAGAUCAUGAAAAGCUGCUCUGCCAUGUCUGUCAUCUCCGAAAUCACAGGCAAUGCAGUCAGGUAGUUCUAUUGGCUGACAAGGUUAAAUCAGCUAAACAGCGUAUGAAUGUAACUCAGAUGACGAAAACAAUGGAACAGUUACAGAAAAGUUUACAGGAUAUUGUGGACAGAGAAAAACAGAACAAAAAAUAUCUUAAAGCUUCAUAUGAUCUAGUUCUGAAAGAAAUACUCGAUUUUCGUCGACAAAUCAACGUCAAUUUAGACUUGCUUCAACAAAACACAUUAAGAGAAUUGGAAACAAAACAUGCGAGUGCAAAUGCCUCUUUAGAAGAUCAUCUCCAAAAAUGCUUACAAUUUAUUUCAAAGCUAAAGGGAUUCGGCACCAAGCUCAAAGGCAAUUUGCCACCUGAACGAUCGUUUAUAACUUUCAGAAAAUGUCUUGAUCAUACUGCUGCAGCAGAUUCACUCUUGAACAGCAUGAUAAAUAAUAAUGGAGCUUACAUGAAACUCCUGCCAAACAGCGAAUUGCUACAAUGUCUUGCAGACUGCACUGAUCUCGGGAAAAUUACCAGUCGCAUAGGCGAGCAAAAACAUGACUUUCAUCCAAACAAGAUCGUCAGCAUUCAUGACAAGUCACAAUAUAAUGUUCGCACAGCUACUGAUAGCAGAAAUUGUUCCAUAACUGGUAUAUGUGAGACGUCCAACGGUGAGCUCGUCAUUUCGGACUUCCACAAUUGUUCUGUGAAACUUCUCAACCAGGCGUACGAGGUGAUUGAUCAAGUAAAGCUACCUACUCAUCCGUGCUCCAUGUGUAACAUUUCCUCCGUCGAGAUUGCGGUGACUGUAUGCAAUAAUAAGACCUAUACUCUUAACGGGAUUCACUUCUUUCAGGCAGAUAAUGAAAAUAUUACACAGAUCAAGGUUUUUAAAAUCAAUCAUAUAUGUUACGGAAUAGCGUAUCACGAUGCAGAACUGUUUGUGACUUCCGGUACUGCGCUGUACCAAUACACAAUGGAUGGACGUUUAUUUAAGAAGCUAUACGAUACUUCUAAAGACGGCACAGUUGUAGGUGUGGGGGUGAGUCUUGAUGGAAAAAGGAUCUAUGUUACGGACGUGAUAAAUGGCAAGCUUCUCACACUGACCAGGGAUGGUCUCUGGUGGCAAAACAAUAAGUCAGGUAGACGCGGACGGCAAGAACAUUCUCAAAACCAUAACACUUGAUGUGCCUUAUACUGGACCUGUCUACUUAAAUGAAAAUUCACGAAAGUUACUUCUAGGAUUUUGGAAAAAUAACAACAUCCUUGAGUUCAAAAUAAAAACAAAUCUGACUUAAAUGACAUGUGCACAUACAGAGCGUAGUUACGAGCAUUACAUAUUUUUUACCACUAGUCAUACAUGAACCGACUUUAUGUUGCGAAUAAUUAUAAGAGUUUUUAUUAACAAAAUAACUAGAUUGUUUUUUUCAUAAAGAUUUUUUCAAUUGUACGUGAAGAGAAUUUAAAUAGGGCGAGUAAUUUACUUUCAUAGUACGAUUUUGAUUUUAUUGAAUACAUUGGAUAUUAUUGUGAAUUUCGUGUUAGUUUGGUCUGUAUUUAAGUUUAUAAAUUAAUGAAUACCUGAUGUAUUGUGUACUCGUUUUUUUAAGAUUUUAUUGAUUUUUUUUUCGAAAUGUGUCUAAGAUGUCGUUGAUACAGUCACAUUUGGUACAUUCAUAGAGAUCAAAACACGUAAACAAUGUUCGCCGUGCGAGUGUGGUUUUAGCAAUACAUACUUUUAUUUUACAUUCAUGAACAGAACAUUGCAUCAUAAAUACAUGUGAAAGUGUGAAGAUAAUACAAUCACAAUCUCUUCAUUCUACAUAAAUAUAAUAAUGUACAUAAAAGUGAGAAAACGUUGUUUUUCAGAGGAAGUUUUAUGUUGGUCAGUCAAAGUAGAAACACAAAAAUAUAAGAUAGCCUUAGUUGUGAAGUCUUUGAUAACUAGAUUGUACAUACAAUAUUUGAAUCUAUACAGUAUUCAAGCGAAGUAAUAAGUAAAAUUUAUACAAAUAUAUGAUUGUAAAUUAUGCCUGUAUUCGAAUAAAUAAAGAUUUUUGCAUCUGGCUAGUAGUUGUGAAAUACAAAAAACAAUUUAGUAGCUAUGCAAUUUCAAACGAAAUAUUUUGAAUACGAAGUUAAUGAAAAGUUUGUUUUUUAUUUGUUAUAUAUUACUCCAUGGAUUGUGUUUACAUAUUAAAUUCGUUUUAGGUCUGAUUUUAAAAAUCGUAACCAAAAGUUAACGCCCAUGACAAUACAAGUCUGCAUAAACAGCUCUAUACACCCCAUGUCAUAAUGUAUCUAUUGGAUUCGUUCAUAUGCGUACUGCAGCCUAGUCGCUGCUUUUGUCAUCUGUCCGAGACUGAUGUCGUUUCUACUCAGAUGUUAACCCAUUUAUGCCUAAUGGACUCUCCCAUCCUUCUAAAUUGGAUCAAUUUAUUUACAAAAUUAGGGAUGUCUAGUAUAUUUAUUUCUAUAUUUAGAAUAUUUCUUACAGAAAUUCCUUUUAGCAAACAGCGAAGAACCUGAUGAGACGACGCAUCAUGCGGCGUCUCAUCUGGGUCUACCCUGUUUGCCAAGGCCUUUUUCUAGACACUAGGCUUAAAUGGGUUAAACAUGUAUUGUUAUAUUUUGAGUUGUUGUCAGAUUAUCACAUUGAUACAUUAUUCUUGUUAGAAUGUUUGCACAUUAA